GUGCCGCCGGAUGGUGAUGUCACCUGCAGUACAUGCUGCACAGGUCGGGCUGCCCAAAACUAUAGUUAUACAACAUUUAUUUAUUUUAAGACACGAGUGACAACGUCAUAGUUUAUAAAUUCAAUACUUCAUAAAGUCUAUGUUUUUGUGAUGACGUUUGUUUGACAGAAUAGUCCGCAAGAGUGUCAAGUGCUAAGUUUUCCAAGUGUCUGCUAGCCUAGCCUAGCCUGUUACUGACAACGUAACGAGAGAGCGGAUGGUCUGUGCAGCUCGACUGACAUUUUUUUGAGUUACUUCACUUUUCACAGGCGUUACAUUAGGGGACACAUCACAUUUCAUUGACAAUGGGGAUCUUAGACAAGAUAGGAGAAAUAGAGAGAGAAAUCUCUCGAACCCAGAAGAAUAAAGCAACUGAAUACCAUCUGGGUUUAUUAAAAGCAAAGCUAGCCAAGUACAGAGCCCAGCUUUUAGAACCCUCAAAGACCGCUGGUGCCAAAGGUGAAGGCUUUGAUGUUAUGAAAUCUGGUGAUGCUCGAGUGGCUCUAAUCGGAUUUCCCUCAGUUGGCAAGUCUACUUUCCUCAGUUUAAUGACAUCAACAGAAAGCGAAGCGGCUUCGUAUGAAUUUACCACGCUGACCUGCAUUCCAGGUGUCAUUGAGUACAAAGGUGCCAACAUACAGCUGCUAGAUUUGCCUGGUAUCAUUGAAGGGGCAGCACAAGGUAAGGGUAGGGGCAGACAGGUCAUUGCUGUGGCCAGAACUGCAGAUGUGGUCAUCAUGAUGUUGGACGCAACCAAAGGAGAGGUUCAGAGGGAGCUUCUGGAAAAAGAGCUGGAGACUGUUGGCAUCAGACUCAACCGGCCCAAACCAAAUAUCUACUUUAAGCCUAAAAAGGGUGGUGGACUAUCCUACAAUUCAACGGUUCCACUCACACAUUGCUCUGAGAAACUUGUUCAGCUUAUUCUUCAUGAAUACAAAAUAUUCAACGCUGAGGUUUUGUUCAGAGAGGACAGCACCCCUGAUGAAUUUAUUGAUGUCAUCGUGGGCAACAGAGUGUACAUGCCUUGUUUAUAUGUGUACAACAAAGUGGAUCAGGUUGCUAUUGAGGAUGUGGAUCGUCUUGCUCGUAGAGCUAACAGUGUGGUCAUCAGCUGUGGCAUGAAACUGAAUCUAGAUUACCUCCUGGAGCAGUUAUGGGAAUAUCUAUCUUUGAUCUGCCUAUAUACCAAGAAAAGAGGAGAACGGCCAGAUUUUGGUGACCCUAUAAUCAUGAGACGAGGAGCAUCAGUUGAACAUGUGUGCCACAGAAUCCACAGGACAUUAGCGAGCCAGUUCAAGUACGCACUCGUCUGGGGAACAAGCACGAAAUAUAGUCCUCAGAGAGUAGGACUUACACACAUCAUGGAACAUGAGGAUGUCAUUCAGAUUGUAAAGAAAUAAAAUCUAGUCCUCUAAAGAAUCUUCUAGAUCAUCAACAGAAUGCUUGGCACGCGCGCACGCCCGUAACAGAACAUUUUGCUGUUACUACAACUACAACUUUUUCAAGACUUGAAAAACUCAAGACUGCUUAAGACAUCAAAUUCUUUAUUUUGUUUUAUGAAAAUAAUCUGCCUGAUAAUACUCAUUCAAAUAAAUAACGUUCAGAUUAUUGAUUACUAGUAUUCGUAUAAUAAAAUAAAGCUUUCUUUAUUAAUUAAUUGGAUUUAAUAUUUGGGGAUAAUUUGAGAGCACAUUGAAAAUCUUGAAUUGAAAAUCUGUGACAUUGACCCUGUAAACACCCUUGUAAAGGUCAGACUUCCCUUGCGUAUGUCAUUGUAUAUGAUCUUCGGAACAUAAAGUCAUGCGGGGAUAAGAAUGUUUCAGGAAGCUAAAAGGGCCAGUUUCUCCGGUUCCUCAUUUUUGGGUGACCUUUUCCUCACAAGGAGUCAGUGCCGAUUGAAUUGUUGUUAAUAAAUUAAAGGAAGAUUAACAAAGAA